GAGUGUGCGUGCGCUGCAGAAGAGGGGGAGGGGGGGCGCCGGGCUCUAAUCCUGCUGGGCUCCGCUGCCUCCGACACUGAUGCUCUUCAUCUCUCACCCAUGAACCUCAGGGACGGGAGACGCUGCUGAGACGCUGUCGAGGAGAUCGCAACUUUGCUGGUGUCACCCACAGCUGGACCGGAGCCGGGGAUGAUCCACGCUGAGCCUUGAACGUCUCGCCAGCCAGAGUCAUGUCGGAGCCGUACCAGAACAGCUGCCACCAGGCCGGCGACAGCUACCCGCCCGGCUACCAGACGGACGGGCCGCCUCAGGACGAGGACGCCGCCAGCGACGCCACCGAGGGCCGCGACGAGGAGGACCAGAUGUACGAGGGCGAGUACCAGGGCAUCCCUCAUCCCGACGAGGUGAAGGCGGCGCAGCGAGCCGCCCGGGCCAAGACCGCUGCGGCCGCCGGCGCCCGCUCGGAGCUGGAGGAGCUGUCGGAGCAGUACGAGGACAUCAUGGAGGACUGUGGACACGGGCGCUUCCAGUGGACCCUCUUCAUGGUCCUGGGUCUGGCGCUGAUGGGGGACGGCGUGGAGUGCUUCGUGGUGGCCUUCGUGCUGCCCUCGGCAGAGAAGGACCUGUGUCUGUCCCACGCCCAGAAGGGCACGCUGGGGCUGGUGGUGUUCCUCAGCAUGAUGGCGGGGGCCUUCCUGUGGGGGGGUCUGGCCGACAAGGCGGGCCGCCGCCGCUGCCUCACUGCGGCGUUAGCCGUCAACUGCGUCUUCGCCUUCCUGUCCUCCUUCGCUCAGGGAUACGGCUUCUUCCUCUUCUUCAGACUGCUGUCGGGCAUCGGCAUCGGCGGCAGCGUCCCCAUCGUCUACUCGUACUUCUCCGAGUUCCUGCAGAUGGACAAGAGAGGAGAACACCUGUCCUGGCUCUGCAUGUUCUGGAUGGUGGGCGGGAUCUACGCCUCCCUCACCGCCUGGGCCAUCAUCCCGCGCUCAGGUUGGGGCUUCAGCAUGGGCACGGAGCUCCACUUCCACAGCUGGAGAGUCUUUGUUCUGGUGGCGGCUCUUCCUGCGAUCACGUCCCUGGUCGGCCUCACCUUCAUGCCCGAGAGUCCUCGCUUCCUGCUGGAGAAUGCCAAACAUGACGAGGCCUGGAUGAUACUGAAGCAAGUUCACGACACCAACUGGAGGGCCAAAGGUCAGCCGGAGAAGGUCUUCACGGUGACUCACAUCAAAGCUCCCAAGACGGCCGAGGACGAGUUCAUCGAGAUCCAGGCUGCCACAGGGACCCGGGUGCAGCGCUGGGCCGUGCGCUGGCUGGCGCUCUGCAGACUGGUGCUGAGGAACGUGGCGUCCCUGCUGUCGGCCGAGUUCCGCCUGGCCACGCUCUUCAUGGCCAUCGUCUGGUUCUGCAUGGCCUUCAGCUACUACGGUUUGUCCGUCUGGUUCCCCGACAUGAUCAAACACCUCCAGCGACAAGAGUACCAGGCCAAGGUCAAGCUCUUCCACGGAGAGCAGGUCCACCACUUCACCUUCAACUUCUCCCUGGAGAACCAGAUCCACAGAGAGGGUCAGUUCGUCCAUGACAAACCUGCGGCAGGAGCGGUUCGUGGGGUGCAGGAUGGAGAACAGCAGCCUGGAGCGCGGCCGGCGCGGCUGCCAGCUGGAGGCGCUGGAGCAGAGCGACGUCCUCAUCUACCUGGUCAGCUUCCUGGGCAGUCUGGCCGUCCUGCCCGGCAACAUCAUCUCGGCUCUCUUCAUGGAGAAGGUCGGCCGAGUCAAGAUCAUCGGUGGCUCCAUGCUGGCGUCGGCCGGCUGCUGCUUCCUUCUCUUCCUGAGCUUCAGCCAGGCGGCCAUCAUCGCUCUGCAGUGCCUCUUCUGCGGCGUCAGCGUGGCGGCCUGGAACGGCAUCGAGGUGGUGACGGUGGAGCUCUACCCCACCUCCAAGAGGGCCACAGCCUUCGGCGUCCUCAACGCGCUGUGCAAACUGGCGGCGGUGCUCGGCAGCGCCAUCUUCGCCGGCUUCGUGGGAGUCACCACGGUGGUUCCCAUCCUGCUGUCCUUCGCCGCGUUGGUGUGUGGCGGCCUGGUGGCGCUGAGGCUCCCCGACACCCGGGAAAAGAUCCUCCUGUGAGCCGCGAUGCGGCGGGAGGACGAGGGGCUCGCGGAGAGCGGGUUCACCGGGGUGGACUCGGAAGCGUCUUCCAUCAGAGCAUGAGCCUCCAAAUACCGUCCGUGCUCAUGUUGGACAGUAACGCCGUUCAUUUUCCCGAAACACUGUUGACUUCCAGGUGUGUCCUCGCAGCAUCCUCCCGCUGACGCCUCCGUGGUCGUGCUCCCUACUGUGCUCCGCUCCUUCUCUUCCCUCCGUGGUGUGCACGUGACGGACCUGGUCCUCUGAGACCGAGCCCUGGGCCGAAGUGUGAGCGCAGCCUGCAUGUCUGUCCGUGUCUGGACUCCUGGGAGUCCUGCACGUGAGUCUCCGGCGUGAGAGACCUUGUCUUCACCAGCCACUCUGCUCAGGGAGCGCGUCUGAGGGGCUGGUUCUGGUGGGACUCCCGAGCGCAGCAGGUGAGGCUCGUCGUCCUCCGCCGGCCGCUGCUGCCAGUCGUGUGUCGAAGACGCCAUUGUUGUGUUGGAAUCGCUGUCAGAAAACCUGUGUGUUGCUUCCGUGUGUCGUCCGUCUGCUGGGCCAAUAAAGAGCUUGACCGGAGCGCGUGUCCCUGCACUCUCCAUGGGGCAGCGACCCCACCUCCUCACCCAGGUCUGAGCCCGCAACCACACGUGCGUCAGCCGUGACAUCGAGGGAAGAAGACACAGGUGGAAGAGAGCAAAGCCUUUACUGAAACCAGGAGCAGGGGAGGAGACCUGCGGGUCACCGGAGGUCAGGACUGAGGCCAGCCUGACCAGCCAGCCAGUCCCACACCA